GCGGCGAUGGAGGUCGACGGCGUGGAGUCCAGGUACACCAAAAUCUCCCCGCAUCUGACUUGAGGACGUGUGGAAUCGUAGGUCGUGUUGAUUUGCUUCGUCUGUAUAGGGUUGAUUUGUUCUCGUUAGAGAUUCUGGUGGAAGGGUUCCUCACAGUGGAUCCGAUGGGUAGGAAAGUUUACUCUAAGGGUCGGGUGAUUAAGUGGGAUGUGGAGAUGGGCUUGUUUUCGCUUGAACUGUUGAUGACAAGUCUGCAAAAUGAAGUGAAAUGGGCACCGACCCAGUCUGCCACAGUCUGGUUCUAUCACAAGAGGUUGGGUGAGCACAUUAGGUUAACUGAAGAAUUUCAAUUGCAUGAGAUGUUUGAGAUGUACGAGUCAGAGAUGUGUUGCCAUGUGGUUGUAGCUAUCCUAGAUAAUACCAAAAUUUCAGAGAUUGUGCUAACUGAUGAGUUAGAGCCUUUGUGUGUGGUGCCACCUACUGAUGAGGUGCCUGCUAACCCAACUGGAGUGUCUGCAUCCAAAGUGGCAGAUUCAGAAGAGCCUGCAGCUAAGGAGGCAGAUGUUCUAUUCACUGACUUAUUUGAUAAUGAGGAGGAAUAUGUUGGUGCGGAUGAUGAGCACAUCUAUAUGCCUGUGCCACCAUCAACUGCAGCAGCAUCAGAGCCUGAAUCUCAUGCACAACAAACUGAAUCUCAUGAAAAUAUCCCUGCUGCUGAAGGAGGUGAAGGAGGGAAAAGAGGUGAAGGAGGGGGAGGAGGACCAGUUGAGGUAGAGGUAAAUGAUGCAGAUCCCCAGGAGUUCAAUGUGAUACAUAUCCUGACCACCCAAAUAUUGAGAAGGGUUCAUUAUUUCCUGAUAUUGUGACAUUCAGAAAAGCAGUUAGGCAUUAUGCAGUGAAGAGGGGUUUUGAGUUCACUGACCUGAAGACAGAUAAGACCAGGUUCAUUGCCAAGUGUGCCCAUACAAGAUGUCCAUGGAGAAUACAUGCUUCUAGAGUUAAUGGUACCAAGACAAUUGAGAUAAAAGUCCUUCCUGCUGAGCACAAUUGCCCUACUACCAAACUGAGGGAAAGCAAAAUGACUACACAAGGGUGGGUUGCUGACAGACUGUCUGACUGGGUGAAGAAGAAUCCUGGGAAGGGUGCAAAGGAUGCCAAAGAAAAAGUAGAGGGGGAUUAUGGCAUCAAGUUGAAGUAUUCAAAGGCUUGGUCUGGUUUGAAACUUGCACUAGAGCAAGUUCAUGGUAAAUAUGAAGAGAGUUUUCAGUUAUUGUUCAAUUGGAAAGCACAGAUGGAGGUCAGUUCACCUGGUAGUCUGAUUGAGAUUGAUUUAGAGAGAAAAAAUAAGAAAAUGCACUUCAAGAGGAUUUUUGUAGCAUUGAAGCCAUGUGUAGAUGGAUUCUUAGCAGGGUGUAGACCAUAUAUAGGUGUAGAUGCUACAAAACUGAAUGGUAAAUACACAGGUCAGUUGGCAUCAGCCACUGCUGUAGAUGGGCACAACUGGUUGUAUCACCUAGCAUAUGCUGUGUUUGAUUCAGAGACUGAGGAGAAUUGGACUUGGUUUAUGGAGCAAUUGCAGAGAGCUGUAGGGAUACCAGAGGGCCUAGCCAUUUGUACAGAUGCAUGUAAAGGUCUUGAGACAACAGUAGGUGCUGUUUUUCCAACUGCUGAGUACAGAGAGUGCAUGAGGCAUCUGUAUGGCAACUUCAUGAAGUCCUAUCAAGGAUAUGUGUUUACAGAGCACUUGUAUCCAGCUGCCAGAAGCUACACAGAGGGAUUAUUCAGGUGGCACAUGAAGAAAAUUUUUGAGGUUGCCCCAGAUGCUAUAGAUUUUCUGGAGGAGCAUCACAAUAAGUUAUGGUACAGAAGUGGAUUCUCAUAAUCCUCGAAGUGAUUAUUUGACCAACAAUGUUUCUGAGAGUUUCAAUGCUCAGAUAAGGCAUUUGAAGGGUCUGUUGCUACAUGAACUGGUUGAUGGUUUGAGAGAGCUGAUUAUGGAGAAGAGGUAUCUUAGGAAGAAGAUAGCAAGACAGAUGGAAGAUGGAAUUCUGCCAAAUGUGAUGAAGGAACUGAAUGCAAUCAGCAUGAACCUGCAGGUUGUUAAGGUUGCCAGAAGUGAUGAAGACAUUGCAGAGGUGACCCUGAUUGACAAGUGGAACAAUACUAGGAGGCACUCUGUGGACUUGGCAAACCACAAGUGUUCAUGUAGAGAGUGGCAACUAACUGGCAAACCAUAUAGACAUGCCUUGGCAUGGAUUUUGUCCAACAGAGGGCUGAAUAUUGGGGACUAUGUGCAUCAGUAUUAUUCAGUUGCUAAGUUCAGGGCUGCAUAUGAAGGAAGAGUGGAAGCAAUGCCUGAUAGAUCUCAAUGGCCAACUGUGGAUCUUGGCUUUAAAGUGUACCCUCCUCUAUUGGGAAGAUCAGCAGGAAGGCCAAGAAAACAGAGGAUUAGGGGUUGUCUAGAGAAGAAGACAACAAAAAAGAAGGUCAGAUGCAGCAGGUGCAAAGACUUUGGACACUUCGCCAAGACUUGCCAGAUGCCUGUGGUUGGAGAAGAUGGAGAAACAGCAACUCCAAAGAAGAGAAAAAGGCAACCUACUGAAGACACUACUGGACCAUCACAGCAGCCACCCAAGAAGAAGAAGUCCCCAAAAAGGAAGAAGACACCAAAGAAGAAGACCCCCAAGAAGAAGAAGACCCCAGCCAAGAAAAAACAGAAGCAAGCUAAAGCUGCUCCAGCCCUAAGUGUUGUUAGGAGCCUGAAAGCUUGGUUGAACAUGUCAGCUGGAGGAUCUUGAAUGUUUCAUCUGUGCAUCUGGCUUUUGUAAACUGUCUAGCUUUUGUAAUGCUCCAGCUGUGAAUCUGCUAUGUAGCUUCAGUUGUGAAACCUGUCUUGUAUGGUCAGCCUGAUAUGGCUGUUGAAUCUGUCUUGUAUGGUCAGUCUGAUAUGGCUGUUGAACCUGUCUUGUAUGGUCAGCCUGAUAUGGCUAUUGAACCUGUUA